UAGGCGAUGGAGGAUGGAGGAUGGAGAUUGGAGAAUUGGAGCUUGGAGUGAUUGGACAAGUGAGGCUGUCAAAGGCUUAAAAUCUCAAAGCUAAGCAGACGGAGAAAUCUUGCCGGAGUGCCAAACAAGAAGAUGGAAUUGGCGUCGCCGCGUCGGAGUCUCGGAGUUGGACAGAUGGGCUGCCGAACGGACAAACAGAUUUGGAAAUUUGGGAGCUCAAUAGAUAGCCUCGAGGUUAGACCCGAUCACAGGCCAACCCUCAAAAGCAGGCCCGCCAAAUAACAGGCUUGGGUUUGAUAUUUUAGAGUACAGUAAAAUGGGGCUCAUGUUUACAAUCAAAUUCCUCCCCAUUCUCUCUCUUUCCCUAAUACUCCUCCCUCGCACCACUCAUGCUUCCGCCUUCAUCGUUAAAAACAACUGCACCUACCCAGUGUGGGCCGCGUCGAUUCGGCCCCAUGGCGGGAAGGAGCUCGCCAGGGGCAUGGACGACUUGUGGAUCCUGAGCGUGGCGCCGGGCACCGACGGCAGCCGCAUCUGGGGCCGGACCCACUGUGACUUUGACUCGGGGAGCACGCAUCCCUGCCAGACGGGCGACUGCGGUAAUUUUCUGGAGUGCACGGCCCCGGGGAUGCGCUCCGCGACCCUUGCGGAAUUCACUCUAUCGGACCAACCUGCCGGCGCUGGCGCGGACUUUUACCAUAUAUCCAACGACGACGGGUUCAAUAUUCCGAUGUCCUUUGCUCCGACGACGAAGUCUGUACAUAGUGGGAAUUGUACUCCCAUCCAGUGCGACUCGAACGCUUGCCCCAACAGAACUGACGUUCACAGCUGCCCUUCGGGACUCAACUACGAGGUUGUCUUCUGCCCGCCCAGCCAGCUGUAAUUAAUUAAUUAAAUAAUUACUGGCUUU